CGAAAUUACAAGGCGGAAAUUUCAAAAUUAAAAGAAGACAAACACAGAUCCAGAAAUAAAUGAGUUAAAAAUAAUACCAUGGAGUCUAAGUAUGAGAAGAAAAUAGAUGACUUGCUACAAGAGAAUUACCAAUUGAAAUCAUUGUUACAAGAAUAUAAAAGCAAAGAAAAUUGGUAUAAGGAGGAAAUCUCACAAUAUGAACAGACAUCUAGUUAUGGUCAUGGAAGAUCUGAUAAAAAUGACAAGGAAUUUAGAGUGAAAGAAGCAGAACUGAAAGAAAAGGUCAGUUCUUUAAGGCAUGAGUUAGAGUUAACUCAGCAGUCAGAGAAACAACACCAAGAUAGGAUAGCUGAACUAGAAAAGAUUGUAGCUGAUAAUCAAAGACACAAUGUGGAAUGUAAUGAUACAAAGGUGGACUGUGAUGAAACAUUCGGAGUAAAUACUGGAGAACAAGUGGCACAGCUACAUGAUGAAAUUACAAUAUUAAAAGCCAAGUUCAGAACAGAUAAAACAGAAUUGGAUUCUCUUAAAAAACAGAUGGACAAAUUGAAAAAUACUCUUUUUGAAAAGGACGAAGAGCUUGUUGGUGUCAAAACAGAAUGUACAACGUAUUGUAAUUUGUUAGAAAAAGCCAGAAUGGAAAACUUAGAACUGACCACACAGCUUGAUGUUCUGAUGAUAGAGGAUGAAGAAAAAUGUCAUGAAAAGAAAGGAAAUUCACUGUUCUCUGAGCUUGAUGAUCGCAGAGUGGAAGCAGAAAAGACACUUAUGUCUCAAAAGAAAACAUUCGAAACAAUGAAAAAGAAGAAUGAGGUGUUAAAACAACACAACCAGAAGCUGAAAAUGCAGUUAUUUGCAGCUAUGGGGAGAGGAAAUGAUGAUUCUGAGAGAGUACAACAACUACAAGCACAGCUAGAACAGGAGAGAAUAGAAAGGCAACAGAUAUUGGAAAAAGUUAAUAAGUUGGAAGAAAAUCAGGCACAAGAAAAGAUGACAGACAAGCUGUCAGAAUUUUCACAGCAGAUAACAAGUCAGACGGGUGUUGACAAGGACUACAUUGAAUACUUGGUGAAUAUGUUGAAGUCUAAAGAAGGUGAGAUAGAAGAUUUGUCGAGAAGGUUACAUAUACAAAGCAUGCGUUUACUAGACCAGAAAAAUAAGGUCACGGAAAAAGAGAGAUUAUUGUAUGCAGCUGAGACAAAGAAGGAUGAAAUGUUGAGGAAGUUUCAGCAGUUAAAACUUGAAAAAGAAGAAUUAGAAAUAGAACUUAAACCAGAGAUGAAAAAGGCACAAAAGCCAGUAGGAAGAACAGAGCAGAUACCAACAGGCCUAGAAGGUAUUGAAGAGAAAAAUGUGUCAGUUUUACGAGAAAGAACAAGUGAUAAUGAAUACAAAGGUGCAGAUAGAGAGUGGGCUUUAAAUCUAUUGAAAAAGGUAGAAGAAGACAAAAAGAAAGAUCAAAUUAGGUCAAGGUCAGUCAGAAUGUCGGAUGACGUUGAUGUAUUUGAUGCAGAUGGACAGAUGAAUACAACUUCAUUAAAAGAUGAUGAGAAUUAUAGAAGACUUAUUAGGGAUAAACCUUCUCAAGGCAAAGUAACUGUUUGUACACGAAAAGCAUCAGAACCUAAAUAUAAAGUAGAUGAUUGUAAUACCCAAUAAAUAUAUAUAUAUA